AAAAAGAACUACAACAAUCUAUGAAGAUUUUGUCCGACUCUUGCUCCAAAACAUAUGAAAUGUAAAAGCGAAUGUUGCAUUACGAAACAGCUGUUCAGCUGUAUAAAUAUACGAAAAUUUCCGGAACGUACAACAACAAAUACAAAAUCUAUGACGUCAAUGCAUAAUGUCUGUCAGAUUUAAUGUUCACCUUGGAACUCUGACUAAAACUGAUUACAUACACAGUGAGACUAUGGCUUACUAAAACUGGUUGAAUCAAAUAAGAGUAUGCAGAAUCCCAAGAAUAUUACAAAUAAUUCAAACAAAUGUUUGAACUAAGCAACAACUAACAUUAAGAUCAUGAAGUUUCGUAGAAAAAUGUUUUUAUCGAAGUACAUGAGGGAGAGUCUGUAUGCUUUUGAUUAUUUUUAUAGCUUCUGUUAAACAUUUGAGUGUCAGAUGUUUGUUAUAAAGUAAAUGGAAUAAUUUAUAUAAAAAGCCAAAUUAGCCAUUUAUUAUCUUGAAGGCACUUACACAGAAAGUGUAUUUCGAUCUGAAUUAGAUGGAUGUAAGACCAUAACUAAAGAGUAUCCUCAUCGAUGUGUGAUAAAAGAAACUCUGAAAACUGUUUAAAGGAACAGUCCAGGAAGUCACAUGACCACCCGAUCGGUGAACAUAUGAACUAUUCCUGUCCAGGAGUUUGGUGCUACUGUUUGUUAUAUGCUUAUCUGUCUUAAAAACAAGUCAUUAAUGUUUGCCAUAUCUCACUGUGCGAUGAGAUACAACACUUGUUUAAAUGAGUGUCUGGGCGUGCGACUGUUGUAAGCUGACACGCAAAUAAAUGCCAAAGAACAUAAGAAGACAAUCCUGAUGUGCUUUAAAUACCAUGAGAGCUUCACCACAGUACCACAGUUGCUGCAGUAUCAAGAUGGUAUCACUGGUAAAGGUCCUUUGUGCCGUGGUUUUGGUGUCGUGCCCAAGUCAUGUGUUUGCUAGUGACAUUAAUAUGAAAAACCAUACUGAAAAAGCAAUUCAAAAAGCGUUCACAACUUCACUACAGCUUGAAACCAGCAAUUAUUCCCAUUCAGGACGAAUUUUUAAUGGAAAGAAUGCUAAUAUCGCAUCAUACCGUUACGUAGUGUGUCUACUUGAGAACAAAUCUUGUGAAUGUGGAGCUAGUGUUAUUACGUACUAUCACGCGUUGACUGCAGCUCACUGUGUGUACCCCAAUCCGAACAUUUCUAAGUUUGCGUUGUACGGAGGCAGUGCGUCGCUGAGCAAAGGUGGGAUCGUGUUUUAUCUCAGUAAAAUCGUAAUUCAUCCUUUAUAUAAUCCAAAGACAAACUAUUACGACGUAGCAAUACUUCAAGUGAAAAAAUCCCUAGAAGGAUACAAAAACAUUGCUCGCAUACCACUGCAAGACGCUGAAGUUCCUAGCAAUACUUUAUGUUACGUAGCUGGAUGGGGCUAUAAUUUAAAGACUAAUCCAGAUAAUCUACAAUAUGCCACCCAACUAACAGUGUCACAACAACAAUGCUCUGCUGCUUGGCCUGGUUCAAUUAUGUCCGCGAACAUUUGCACUAAGCAAGGCACAGACGGAGAUUUAUGUAACGGCGAUAGUGGAGGCCCAUUGGUCUGCAAAGGCAAGCUAACAGGUGUCAUUUCUUUUGGUGGAAUACCCUGUGACAGUAGUCCACCUACCGUUUUUGCUAAAGUUUCAGCUCCUACCAUUCGGUCAUUUAUUAAAACAUAUGCGGGAAUUUAAAAUGUAUUAAAAAAUAAAUGCUGCACAGUGUUAUUUGAUUAA